AUGACUGAUGAGUUUGAUGAAGAUGUUGUGUUUGAGAAUUCACCACUAUUUCAAUACCUACAUGAUUUGGGCCAUACAGACUUUGAAGCAUGUCCAAUUGCAACCCAUGAAGAGGAGGACCUUUCAACCGAUAGAAAACAACAUUCGAAGCGGGGGAAUUUUUGGAGACUAGCCGAUGUCAUAUGGCAAUGGACUCCGUUUCACCAGGCUGUCACAAUCCAAAAUCUGCAACAACAGCUGGACAAUGUAUUUGGCCAAUAUUCUGUGCGAUGCAUUUUGGACCAGGAUGUCCUUCUGCAAGAAGAUGUGGAGCUGAUUGAGCUUUUGGACCCAGGCCUCCUCACAUUAGUGUCGUCACCAAAUAGUUUGGACAGCCGAGCAAGGACCAUUCCUAAGCCAAGCUUUCUUUUCAAACCUUCAAUCUGGGACCUUGUGGGGCUUGUAGGCCUUGCUGCAGUUUUGUGCAGUGUGUGCUCUGAUGGCACGUGGUCUCUAGCAGCAGUGCCAUGGAGCCUGGCUCUGCUGACCUGGGUUGGUCUGAAAGGGAGUGUCUUGUGGAGACGGGGACGCAUGCAGAAGGCCGUCUACAUGAGAGCCACAGAGAUCCAGGCACUUGUCCAUAACGGCAAAACAUUAACCGGACUGUGCCGUAAAGCACUCCGACUUGUCCAAGAGACUGAAGUCAUCUCCCGGGGAUUCACCCUGGUGAGUGCAGCUAGCACAUUUAGCAGGGCAACGCCAGGAACAGUGCCGCGUGGGCAGCAGCUGAUUGGACUGAGGAAGACCUUGUACAGGGUUCUCCGGUCAGCUUUCAGGGCCUCUCGUAGAGCUACCUGUCACAUGCUCAAAGCCUUCCCUCUGAAUUCUGAAAUUGACAAUGUAACCAAUUACGUUUCUGCGGUUCCACUGAAAGAGCUUGGACUGGGUCUGGGACUCGAGCACUUAGGGGACGAACAAGCCCAGGAGCUGACCGAUGACUAUAGCCUCCCUGCCCUAAAGAUGCUUUUUCAAUUGUGGCUGGGACAAAGUUCAGAAUGUUUUCGACGUCUUGCCCUCCUUUUGUCACCCCAACAAGUAAAGGAGCUUGAAGAAAAUAGAGCCAAAGAAGUACUUAUCCCUGCGUCCCCACUUUAUCAGACUAUUUCUGCAGUGACUGAACCUCUUCACCACACACUUGAUAACGCUCUCUGUGACAUGCAACGCAGCUAUGAUUUCCAUCGCCAUUUUGAGACACAGACAAGAGAGGCUGUAUCUCACAGAGCUGGAAGAGCCAAAGAGAAAUGUAGAGACCUCAACACUUUACAUACAUCUAUUCGAAGUCUGCAAUUGCAUCUCAAGACAAUGCUUAGCGAGAUGAUUAUUCUUGAAGAUGAUCUGGAAAAAAUGAUGGUUUCUGAAGAACCCACGGAGAGGUUAUUUGAAGCCUAUCAGGACCUUAGUGACCGGCUUCACCAACUCCAGCCACAUAUGCAGGCGAGCACAGGCUGCUGGGAUGACACCAUUGGCCAAUUAGGUCGCAUCCUGAAACGUGCUGACGUCAGUUCACGGGAUACUGAAGAUGCGAGGCAAUGUUGUCCACCUACGUAUGAUAUUGCCAAUCUCCCUCUAUCCUAUCCUAUAAUUCUUGACAAAGACCCAGUCCCAGAAGAAUUGGAAUGGGAGGCGUAUGUGUCUGACUCAGAUACAGACAGUGAAGAGAGAGGAUCUUGGUGUGAUAUGUUAUCUCCAGAGGAACGCGAGCGUCAGCGCCGGGAAAGAGAGGAAUCACGUCGUGUCCUGUCAGAGCUUAAAUCUGUACUAUGUUUCCGUGCUUCGGAGGGGGAGAGGAUGAAGAGGAAACAGCUGUUGUUCAAUGAUCAAGCUGCUGAGACACUUGCAACCAGCAGUGAAACUUCAGAUUCAACAGCUUCUACUCCUAAACCUACAGUGACCUUAAUUUCAGUGGAAUCUCUAGAUCCUGGUAGAGAAGAAAAGCACCUCGAGCUCACCAUUGCACACAUUCAAGAGGAAGAAAGAGAUGACGCAGCAGGACCUGACCCGUCAGAGACACCAGUGAAGGAGUUCACUUGUGGUGCAGAGCCAGGGGAAGAGCACACAACCCAGGGGUUACAGUUUGAGCUUCGACUGGCGUCGCGCACAGAACUCCCACAAUCCUCUGCGCGUCCGUCCCUUUUCGUGCUCGUAAUCAUGGCGGCCGUGGUGGCAGAGCGUGCUGCGGACCAGAAAGUCCCGAAUCUGGAGCUAAAUGGUCGAGAGGAGGAGAAAGAAGAGGCCGACCCGGUUGAGGAGACUACCAAGAAGAAGAAGAAAAAGAAGAAGAAAAAGGCACCAACUACAGGUCCUGAGGCAGAUGGCCAGGAUGCUGUCACAGAAGUGACCAAGCUGCUCGACAAACAUGCCAUUGAAGAUGAGGAGGGGGAUGAAGAUGCAGAUGAUGACACCUCAGGGAAGAAGAAGAAGAAAAAGAAAAAGAAGAAAGGAUCCAAAGCACAAACUGAUCCACCAUCUGUGCCAAUUUGUGAACUGUACCCAAAUGGAGCAUAUCCAAUUGGACAAAUGUGUGACUACCAAGUACCACAAGAUGGCCGCAGUGCUGUUUGGCGAAUGACCAAUGAGGAGAGGAAGGUCCUGGAUCAAGCCAAUGAAGAUAUGUGGAAUGAUUUUAGACAAGCUGCUGAGGCCCACAGACAGGUGCGACAGCAUGUGCAGGGUUUCAUUAAACCUGGCUUGACUAUGAUUGAAAUCUGUGAACGUCUGGAAGGCUGUUCGCGCAAGCUGAUAAAGGAGAAUGGGCUGAACGCGGGUCUCGCUUUCCCAACUGGCUGCUCUCUCAACCAUUGUGCUGCCCACUACACUCCCAAUGCUGGAGACACCACUGUUCUUCAGUAUGAUGAUGUCUGCAAAAUUGACUUUGGCACCCAUAUCAAUGGAAGAAUAAUUGACUGUGCAUUUACCGUCACAUUUAACCCAAGAUAUGACAAGCUCCUAGAAGCUGUCAAAGAUGCAACAAAUACUGGAAUAAAGAAUGCUGGAAUUGAUGUACGUCUAUGUGAUGUUGGAGAAGCAAUUCAAGAAGUUAUGGAGUCCUAUGAAGUAGAACUGGAUGGCAAAACAUACCAAGUGAAACCCAUUCGAAAUCUGAAUGGUCAUUCAAUUGGCCAGUACAGAAUACAUGCUGGUAAGACUGUCCCCAUUGUGAAAGGAGGGGAGGCAACUAGAAUGGAAGAGGGAGAAGUCUAUGCCAUUGAAACAUUUGGGAGCACAGGAAAGGGUGUGGUUCAUGAUGAUAUGGAUUGCUCUCACUAUAUGAAAAACUUUGAUGUUGGCCAUGUUCCUAUCAGAUUGCCAAGAGCAAAACACCUGUUAAAUGUAGUUAAUGAACAUUUUGGCACUCUUGCAUUUUGUCGACGUUGGCUUGACCGCCUGGGAGAAAGCAAAUAUCUCAUGGCCCUGAAAAACCUGUGUGACCUGGGAAUUGUGGACCCCUACCCUCCGCUUUGUGACAGCAAAGGCUGCUACACUGCUCAGUUUGAACACACAAUUCUGCUGCGGCCUACCUGUAAAGAGGUGGUGAGCCGUGGAGAUGAUUACUGA